AUGCGAGAAUGGGCAAUCACCGCCAAGAAUAUAGAGCUGAUUUGCUCAAGCGAUGAGCACUCUCCAAGCACACAGGCAGUCUUAUGGCUUCUCGAAGAGCUCGGAAUCGAAUACGACAUCACAAGAUUCGACCGUCCCUUGGACAAGCGAGCAGUCGGCCUGGGUGAGACUCAUGUCCAGGCCCACGCACCACAACUCAUCCUUCCUGAUGGCCAGGUCAUUACGCAAAUGAGCACCUGCAUGCUUUACCUCGUUCUCACGUACGACGCCGAACAGGCGUUUCACAAGACCGAUGUCGAAUACAGAGUUCGCGAAGAUUAUCUUGUCAGCCUUGCCACGGCCGAUCUCGUCGCGCGAUUGGGCACCAAGCAUUUAUUUAUGGUAUUGGGUUCUGUAACACCGUUCUUUAUAAGUCCUGCGAUCAAGCUUCUAGGCUAUGUGCUCAACAAAGCGUUCCUGGACGAGGACGUCAACAAUGCCUUGCAUGUAGUGGAGAUGGAGCUUGACGGUCGAGAAUGGAUCAUGGGGGGCGAUGCUCCCUCGCGGGCUGACAUGGCACUCAAGAUUGCGUUGGACAUGGCAGUUCAGCCGAAUCUUGUCGAGAUAGAUAAGUGGCCAAGGGCCUGCGUGGAAGAGAUCGCUCGACAAAGGGAUUGGUUACCAGCUUGA